UCAACCAGUGGAGGCCAGGCACUGCUAUAGACUCCAGGGACAUCCAGGGACCUGACUCAAGACUCAAGAUGCUGAAGGUCUCUGGCCUCCUCGCUGUCCUCUGUGGGCUGCUGGCCUCAUCCUCUGCUCAGGCCUGGGCUAGAGUUUCUCCAGAGUUCAUCAACGAUUUGACUCCAGGACUGCUCAAGACGGCCUUUUUUCGCAAACUGCAGUCAAAGGACUUCGAGGAAACACUGGUUAACACCCUCCACCGUGCAUGGGGCGACCUGAACUCCGAGGAUACCCCAUUCUCCAAGGAGCUCAGCCAGGUCAAGCUGAAGGUGCAAAAUCCUCAACUGCUUCCAUCCUCCAUUGAUACCACCACCGGUGGAAGGAAUGAGGCCACUUUACAGAUACCACUGUCAGUUGAUUUGGCUUUCAAUUUCCCACACUUGAAGUCCUUUAAAAUAAACGUGCGAGCAGAGACGACGGUCCAGCUCCGCGUGGAGAAGAAGGAAGAUGGCAGCUACAGGCUUUCUUUUGCGAAGUGCAGGGCCCCAUCCGAAACUAAGUGGGUCCGCAUUGGAAGCUCAACCAGCCCGAUUAUAAGACUUCUUCCAAAACACUUGGAGGAAGAACUGAAAGACAUAAUAUCCUAUCAUAUGGCAAAAAAUCUGUGUCCUGAGCUCAAUAGUUGGCUCCGUACGAUGAAUCCUCUAUUAAUUAAUGAGUUCAUUAAUCUGAUACUAAAGGAUAAAAGCUUCACAUUUGAUGUCUAAAUAUCCCCAAAGUGAAGGAGCUACGUUUGGACCAAGCCGAAUCAGGUCCUGCUUCCAGGCUCCUCCCCGGAACGUCCUCCCCGCUGCAGGACACCCCCUGCAGCCGCCGCUCGGAAUCGCAUCACCCACCGUGGACUCAAAGACCCCCUACUU